GAUAUAUUUCUCUUUCGUUCAUUUCGUUUGUAAACUAUGCAUGGAAAAUUAAUUAAUUUUUAAGCGCUUAUUUAUUCCGUCGCUGAUUGAAGUUUUAUUCUAAGCGUGCACGAAAAAUUUAUGAAAAUAGUGUAUAUCACUGCAAUAUGUUUAUCGUUUUUUGUUUUAUUUUGUUUUCUCAAUUUGUCCAUCUGUUUUUUUAUAUUCCAUUCCCCGCGAGUGCUGUCUUAGUAUGUAACUGUAUCUGUGGAAUUUGUUUACUUGGGUGUGUAGAAGUACUACACUUAUUAAUGUUACAAAAAGCGUAAUAAUUGUUAAAUCCCAAACAUAUCCACCUCAACAAAAGAAAGGAUUAAACCAGUACGAAUUACCAACUAAAGAGAGGGUGCCGUACCAUUCAAUUUAGACACACCUGGACGCCAGAAUGUGUGGUGAUCCGUUGAAAUAGUAUAACAGUUUGAAGCACUCAACAAAAGACAGGAGUAAAC